AUGGAUUCCGAUGCUUCGUCGGACGAGGAGUAUGGAACGGCGGAUCUUGACCAAAUGAUUCAAGAUGAGUUCUUCGAUUCGUCAGAUUCGGACGAAGAAGUGGACAUAAUCAUGCUCAUGAGCAUGCAAGAGGAAAUGGACCGGCAAGUGAAGCAUAUUCUCAACUUCAAGGGCUCAAUCAAAGGGAGAAGAGUGAUCAACCGAGACAGGGUGUCCGGAGCAAAGCUACUGCACAAGGACAACUUUGCUCCAAAACUUGCUUUCCUGGAUGAUCAAUGGUUUCGUCGUCGUUUCCACAUGCGGAAAUCAUUGUUUUUGCGCAUUGUGGAGGGAGUGGAGGCACACGACGACUACUUCAAGCUCAGAAGGGAUUGUUGCGGCCAACUCUCUUUCUCGGCCAAGCUGAAGUGCACGGCUGCUCUGAUGAUGCUUGCACUUGUUACUGCUGCAGAUGCCGUUGGUGAGAUGGUCAGGAUGGGAGAGAGCACGAGCUUGAAGAUUACUGUCAAGUUUGCCCGCAUCAUGGUCGAGGUGUUUGGACCUGAGUAUCUCAGAGAACCAAAUGAGCAGGAUACAAAGAAGCUGUUGGCUAUUGGAGAGGCAAGGGGGUUUCCAGGAAUGCUCGGAUCAAUUGAUUGCAUGCAUUGGCAAUGGAAGAACUGCACCAAACGUCUGCGGGGAAUGUAUCAAGGUGUUAGGGCAUAUUUCCCCCUUAGUGGUUUUGGUGAUUGA